UCUCUGGUUAAAGAAAACAGGAUAGGGCUGAAACUUGUGUCAGUGUCGUCCUUACAUCUCUGGCGAAUCCGCUGUCGUGCACAGAUUGCUGUAUUUACUCGCCGUGGUCGGAAGACGAGGAAACCCACCUGCCGGAGAGCGGACACCACCUCGGGAUGGACGCCUUCAAAUCCGCCGGCAGAGCGAUUAUCAAGAGCCCCGGAGUUCCGCGGCACGCAUGGGGAACUUCAAAGCACGAAAAGUUGCCAGAGAACUGGACAGACACCAAGGAGACUCUGCUGGAAGGAAUGGUGUUCAACGUGAAGUACUUGGGAAUGACUCUGGUGGUCCAGCCAAAAGGAGAGGACAUGGCCUCAGCUGCCAUUCACAGAAUAGUUGCCAUGGCCCGAGCCAGUGCUAAGAAAUUUCGGAAAGUAACACUGACUGUCUCACCAAAAGGCAUCAUCAUCACAGACACAGAGACGGCGGACCUCAUAGAGAAUGUCUCCAUAUAUAGAAUUUCAUACUGCACAGCAGACAAAACUCAAGAUAAGGUCUUUGCCUAUGUUUCUCAGUGUCAGUUCAAUGAAACUCUUGAGUGCCAUGCAUUUCUCUGCCAUAAAAGGAAAAUUGCUCAGGCUGUUACAUUAACAGUAGCCCAGGCCUUCAAAGUUGCCCUAGAUCUUUGGGAAAUUUCUAAGGAAGACAAAAGCAGGAAGUCCAGGAACUGCUGUUCCUGUGCAGCCAGUGAUGGACAGCCAGAGACAAAAGAAGCUCAAUGUGUUCCAGUAGAGGCACACAAGCCCGCUGGGAUAGAGAAACUUCACAGGCCCUUCUUCUCUGUGUCACUCGGCUCAUCCUCACCUUACAGUAACCUCACUCGAGGCCGAACAAUCAAACAUGACUCUUGGGAUGUGGACGAUGGACUCGAUGAUGAGUUCUCAAGCAACAUGGAAGUGGAGGAAACAGACAAUGACUGGCCAAGUUAUAGUCCGAACUCGUCUCUGACUAUGCAAGUCUGAGGGCCUCAGAGGUCUCCACUCAGAAUUGUUUGCAACAAUGAGUUUGCACAACACACACUGACUUUAGCAACACAGGAAUUAGAAAGAGUUCUGAAGUCCCCAAGACCAACACAAAACAAAAUGCAUCAUUAGAUCACACAGAAAAGCAUAUCAUGCUCUCUGGUGCACAGACUGAGUCCCAGGGGCCGUGUUUGGUAUUCUAUGACGCUGUAGAGAAGACAGGUUGAAUACCCUGAUCCAACGUGCAACAAAAUUUCAGUGACUAGUCAACACACAGACUUCACUCUGUAAUUUUUUUAUGACAUAUUCAUAUUAUCACAAACUGCCAGAUGUAAUGUAGUGCAUACAGUGGGCAAUACAGUAGGGAUGCUUUUUUUGUCUCCGUGGUCAAUAUGAUACUUGUAAUCAAGAAAAGCAGAAAAAUGAUAAUUGGGAUCAAUAUAUAUUAAAUGUUAUACAGUGCUGUGAAAAAAGUAAUUGCCCUUCUAUUUCUACAUAUUUGUCACACCUAAAUGUUUCACAUCAUCAAAUAAAUUUUAAUGUAAAACAAAAAAUAACCCAAGAAAACACAAAAUGCAGUUUUUAAAUUAUAAUUCAAUUUCCUGAAGAAAAAAUGCUGUACAGCCUCACCUUGCCUUAUGUGAAAAAAUAACUGCUCCCUUAGCUGCCAAAUGACCAAAUUCAUUUGGCAAUUGGGUUCAGUUUCACCAGCCACACUCACAUAUGAUUACUGCCAGGCUUGUUGAAUGUAAACAUCACUAAACAGAACCUGUCUGGCAUUGUGAAGUAGCUAAAGGGUCUCAAAAAGUAGCACUUGAUGCCACAUUCUAAGAGGUUCAAGAACUGAUGAAAAGCAAAGUAACUGACAUUUAUUAGUCUGGAAAGGGUUACAAAUCCAUUGCUUAGGCUCUGGUACUUUAGGGAACCACACUGAGAACCACUGUACACGGAGAAAACAUGGAACAUGAGUGAACCCUCCCAGGAGUGGCCGAUCUACCAACAUUUUAUUAUCCCCCACCUCCACGAAGUGGAAAAGGGGGAUAUAGGUUUGGCCUCCGUCCGUCCGUGCUUCCGUCCGUCUGUCCGUCCGUGCUUCCGUCCGUCCGUCCGACAUGAAGGGGACAGCUUUUCUGGGAAACUAUUACAGCUAGGAUUACGAAAUUUAGUGUAUAGCUUCACACCAUGGACACCUUGAUCAAGUUUGAAAAUGAGACCUUUGCGAUAAUAUUUAACAGAGUUAUGGCCCUUGAUCACUAUUUUGGAUAUAGACUCAUAGACAUCACAUGUGGCGGGGGAUAUUGAUGACCAUGUCGUCUUGUUAUUUUUAUUUACCUCUAUUUAACUAGGAGAAAUCCCAUUGGGAUUAAGAACCUCUUUUUUAAGGAAGUCCUUGCCAAGAUAGGCAGCAGCAAAUACACCGUUACAAAAUUACACAGUUAAAACAUAAUUAAAACACAAGCAAAAACACUAAUUAAAAAAAAAGUAUUUACAAGCAAGUUAUAAAAACCAAGUUCAUGUUGUGGAGUCAGUGUCAAGAAUUCACAGUUUGGAUUUAAAAGCGCUUAAUGAGAUUAACUCAGUUAAUUUACAGUCUUUCUGCAAAAUCUAUGCAAACGGUGCAGAGUCAACAAAAGCCUUUUUACCCAAUUCAGUACAGACAUAUGGAACUGAAAUUGACUAUUGAUGAACAAAGAGAAGCAUGGUAAAUAGUGUCAACAGUUCGAAGAAAUUGAGCAAAAGCAUUCAUAUACCAAAGUGCCUUGAAGGUUAGUUGGUCAUGAGUCAUGCCACCCAAGUUUCUGGCAGACUGUCUGGGGCUGGGUUGGGUUGAUUCAAGCUGAAUGUUGGUUUCUUGUUGUACUGAGCAGAUGUCCCCAACCUUUUUUGUGCUAUGGACCAGUUUAAUGUCAGACAAUAUUUUCACGGACCGGCUUUUAAGGUGUGGCAGAUAAAUACAACAAAAUAAAAUAAUACGACCGGCAUAAAAACUGGUAUUUUCUAAAUAUAAUAAUUAACGUCAAUUCACUGCAUAUGCAACUUUAUUAGCAGCGUCCUCGUGACAUCGUGCCAACAUCAUAACAUGAGUAACAGCCUCCAAGCCCCACACUCUCUGGUCGUAAUGGUAAAGGUUAAAAAUGCAUUACUUUAUGUCAAUAUUUGUCGACUCGUCAUCCUGGAGCGCGUACUCUCUAACAAUUGUGUCUCAAUGUCCUCUACUAUUUCCCCAAUGCGCUGAGUAACGGUGUUAGCCAAAAGAGGCACCUGUGCUGUCUUUCUAACCGCAGCCUCUCCUAGAAUUUCAUGGCAGGAAGGAUCAGUUCUUCACCAAUAGUGAAGGGCUUCCUAGCCUUAGCAAUACGAUUAGCCCCCAAGAAUGAUGCUCUCAGUGCACUCAAAUUUUGUUGAUGUGGUGGCCCUCAGUGAUUGCUUCUGUUCUUCUUUUUCACGCUUUUUUCUUUCAAAAUACUCCAAAGGCUUGUCUUUCAAUGCAGAAUGCUUGGUCUCCAAGUGGCGAAGCAGUUUUGAAGGCUGCAUUGUUUCAUUAGAGAGCCGGAAGCCAUGUAUUAUGCAGAGUGGACUCGCUGCGUGGGAACAACCUGUUGCCAUAAAUCCAUAUUUCAAGUAGGACUCCUGGUAUUGUCUGUUAAAUGCAGCUUUAUUUUUCUUUGAAGUCGUAGGCUCUUCUGUCUCCUCACUGGCUCUUUUACCCAGCUCAAUUAAACUUUACAAAGAAGUUUGUUUUGUGUUCAUUUUGCUGGCUUGGGGGUUUCAAUUUAGCGGUAAUGUACUAUGUGUAACCGGCCGGCCAGACACGUCACGAGCAAAUACUUUUUCACAGCACUGUAUAUUCAUAGCAUGUGAUAGAAGUGAAACUGUCGUUCAUAGCUAUUUUACUUAUUUUAAUGAUUAUUUAAUUCUAUACAUAUAUAAAAUAAAUUAAAUAUUAAUUAUGUUAUAUAUUACCAGCAUGUGACAGUCGUCAACCUGUAAUUCAUAACUAGGUUACUUUAUUUAUGAUGAUUAUUAUAACUGAAAUAUAUAAUAAGGGUGUGGUGCUGUUACCUCACAGUUAGAAGGUCCUGGGUUAAACCUUGGCCUGGUGGUAAGUUUCCCUGUACCUAGGGUUUUCACCAUUUUUCUUUCUUUCACAAUCAAAAGACAUGCUUGGGUUAACUGAUGGUUCUAAAUAAUUAAUUUUAGUGUGCUUGGUUGUCUGUCUGUCUAUAGUAGCCCUGCGAUAGAUCCCAUCUGAUUGACCUGCCCAGGGUGUACCCUGCCUUCAUCUUAAGUCAGCUGUUUUAAGCUGCUCCCAUGUAACAGAGGACUGUUUUAUAGACUACAUGAGGCUUAUCUUAAUCUUCUUCAUAAAUUGGGAGUGGUGGGGUUUACAUCUUCAAUGUUAAUACUGAAAUGGAUAAGCAUACAUUCCACAUAAACACCUGUUGUUUGUCUUCCAACAUCCAGAAGUUAAUGGUCUGACAGGUGCACAAACAUCAGUAUAGACCACCUGUACCACAUACUGUACAUCAUUAGUAAAAUGAUGAACUAUUAUUUUGGAAAAUAAAACAUCGUGAUAUAGUAAUUAGAAACAGUUGCAUACAUGCAUACCCUUGUGACAUAUUUUUAUUGACAACACAAACUAAUCAUAUAUUAAGAAGUACUGCAAUUAACCCUUGGGAAAAGGAAGAUUUUUCUCAAUGAAGAGUUCAUGUAACUUCCAUCCCCAAACAUGAUAAAGAAGCUUAGUUUUUUGACCCCUAAAUUCCUAGUAUAAGGCAUAUGGGCUCCAUUUAAGCUAUAUUUCAAUUUGACUUUGUAGUAGCAUUGACUAUUCAUUUUUAUCCAGCCUAGGUAUGAGGUGUAAUUUGGAUUCACCGAACAAAAUCUUAGGAACCAUCAGCGAUACACAUCACAGACAGCUACAGUUCCCAUUUAAAGGGGUACUUCAGCGAUUUAGUAAUAAAACUUACAAAACUCAAAAGAUUCAAACUGUAAAGCAAAUAACAACAAUUAAAAACAAACAAAAAAACAGGCUACAAUAGCCUGACUUUUACACCCUGGAAUGGAGCUCUGAAUAUCCUCGAUCUUAUCGCACAUAAUACAAUAUACAGACUGUAUACACAACAAUAUACACAGAUUGUUGACAUGUACUUAAAUACAUGCCAACAAUCCGUAUUAUCCACUCCAAGAUGAGUAACCCAAGUUUUAACAGCCUGAGCACUCUUAAUCAUGACAAAUAUGUUAAACUUGAUGUGCACAAGUGUCCUGCUCUUAAUCUGGUUUUAACGAUAAAAUUUAAACAAAGCAUUACUGUUGUGGUCGAAUCAGUAAUCAACAUUAAACAUUCAAUAAUAUGCAUUUGGUUUGUUUUCUGUAUGUCAACAAUGUGAUUAGCAUGUCCAUUUUCAAGAAAUUUUGUCUUCAACACAAAUAUUAGAAAACUUUGUUACAGAAAACAGUCUGACACUGAUCUAACAAUCAGUAUCAGCACUCUUGUUGGAAAAGUGUGUAUUUGUAAUGACUAUUUUAUAUCAUCAUCAUCUCCUUAAUCAGUUGUGUCACUUUUAAAGAGUAGCAAUGAUUUUAUUUAAUGAAUUAUUUCAAGGCCAAACUCUUAUAUGAAAGAAUUCCAUUUCCAUUUGCUAUAUUUUUCGGUGUCAAAGCUGUGUGUUUUUAAAGUAUUUAUCACUCUUGUUCAGAUCAGAAUAUGUACAUGCUUGUAUGUUUUGUAGUAGGCUAGGUCAUUUGUACAGUUUUAUAAAAAUGUAAAUUUUACUACUGCAGGAAUUGCUUUGUGUUUAGAAUAGCCAUCAACAAACUAUUGUUUCUCUGCUUAGACUGUUCAGAUUAUUUUCAGAUGGCUUUCACUAUCAAAAGGACAUUAUGUUGUGGCCCAGUCUGGCUGAGGUUGUGUUUCUCUGUAUUCAUGUCAUCACGACUGACAAUAAUUGUGACAAAAGGUUGAAGAUAGUGGGGGCGACAUCAUGAUGUCAUGACACCUCCUACAGAGUAAUUGGGUGGAAUGAAGCAAGAUUGCAUUGUUUCAUUCAUGGCAUUUCAUUUUAUUUUUCUCUUGAACAUCACCCCACAAGUAAAAACUUCUACUUACCAUUUCAGCUCAAUAAUUGAAUGACUUAUUCAUUAUUGAGUAGAUGGUUAAGAAUCUGCUGAUUAAGUGCAAUUGGAAUUAUUUUUAGAUGGCCUGGUGUUCUGGAGUCUCAGAUUUUGAUUGGUUUUUAAUAAUGGCAACCAACAAACAUUAGUUUUUGAUCAAAUUUACUUUGUGAGGAUGUGUCUUGUGUCUUUAACACAAGGAAUUGAACGAUGAUACAAAAUGAACUACGGGGAGCCCUAAUAGCUUUAAUAAUUGUAUUUUCAAGCAAGGCUUUGCCCCUUUAAUUGAUAUGCUUUCUUUUUUUUUUCUUUCUUUUUUUUUUAAAAAAUGUGUAAUUUGAUUUUGCAGCCAAGACCCUUUGGAUUUACAUUGCUUUAAUUUUAGUGUAUGUAUUUUUGCAUUGUUUUUAAGAAUUUAUGUCUAUGUGUAGCCCUGUGAUAGACUGGUGACUCGUCCAGGCUGUCCUCUACCUUCAUUCUAAGUCAGCUGGGAUAGACUUCAUCCACCCCCUAGACCCUACAGAGAAUAAAAUUAUGUUUAGAGAAUGGAUGAAUGUAUUGAUUAAGGAAAAGAUUCAAGAUUCAAAAUAUUUAUUGUACCCUUAGGUAAAUUCAGUUUACAGUGAGUGAGUGAGUUCUCUCGUAUUGUAACACACCUAAAAAUCAACACGAGACAAGACAAAGUGACAACAGUGCUACGGCUAAAAGAACAAAGAAGAUGGCCCCAAAGUAAAAGGAAGAUAAAUUAAAAACAUAGUAAAAUAAAUAAAUAAAUAAAAAUGGCUGAAAAUAUGUCAGACCAAGCUAGAUAAAAAUGUGCUAUGCAUGAGAUUAAGAUGAGAGAAGCAAUACAAGGAAUAACUAUAUUAGUUAUAUUUCAGUUUCUCUCAUUUGUUGAUAGCACAGAUUGCUGCAGGUACGAAGCUGUUUUUAAAACGUUUAGUUUUACAGGCAGGUACCCUGAACCUCUGACCUGAAGGAAGCAGCUGAAAUUCACUGUUAAGAGGGUGGGAGUCAUCUCUUUCAACGAAGUUAGCUAUCCUCUGUAACUGUUUGGUAUACAGGGAUUCUGGGUGAAGCUGAGAGUCUCCAAUCAACUUGCUGGACCAUUUAACAAUUUGGUUUGAACAGUUUUUGUUUUUAAGGACACGUUUCCAAACCAUGAAACAAGACAAAAAGAUAAGACUGACUCGAUAAAAGCACGAUAAAACAGGAUCAUCAUAGCCCUGUCAAUGUUAAAAAUGGACAGUUUUCUCAGGCAAAACAGGCGCUGGCGUCCUUUUUUAUACACAGCUUCACAGUCUGCUUCAAAGUUCAGUUUGUUGUCAAUGAUAGUUAUAUUUGUACGUGUUGACACACUCCACUAUCUGACCCUUUAAAACUGUGGCCUCUCGAUUGGGAGCCUUGUUUUUCUGAAAGUCGAUGAUCAUGUCUUUUGUUUUGGAGAUGUUCCUCUCAAGGAAAGAUUUACUGCACCACUCCAGAAAAUCAUCAACAAUAAUCAAUUCAUGUAUAAAUUAUGUAUAAAUGAUACAGUCGUUUGCACUGUCAUCUCACAGCUCGAAGGUCCUGGAUUCAAAUCUGUGUGGAAGUUGUAUGUUCCCCCGUGCCUGCACCUUCCUCCCACAGUCCAAAAACAUGAGAUCAUUACAAGUUAAAAACAAGUUAAUUGGUGAUUUUGUAGGUGUGAAUGUGAGUGUGCUUUCUUGUCUGUGUCACUAUGUGUCCCUGUGAUGAACUGGCAAACUGUCUAGGUGACCCUGCCUUCACUCUAAGUCAGAGGAGGCCAAGUAUAACAUUAAACUGACUACAAAUCAGCCUGUGAAGUUUUGAGUCCAGAAAACAUUUGAGAAAACAAUUCAACUAGAAAAGUCAAGAAUUUUCUGAUAAGCUGACAUUAUCUAAAGUAUCACUGAUGUUUACAGUAUCAGUUUACAUUAACAGGGUGCUUAUUUUCUGUCUAUGCAAUUAGUGGGUGAUCAGCAGCAUUGUGAUAUUAUAAUAAUGGCAGUUCAUGUGCAAAACACAGUCAGUUGUUUUAAUCUAUGUAAAAAGUUGUACAGAAUUUUGAAAAGUGUUAGUUUCUUACACAUUAAUGCAUAAUAAAGGACUUUGUACAAUAAUUCA